CUCCGCGGGGCUGACUUGUCUGCGGCUCCGCUUCAGCCCAUACUUCCCAGCAGCGGGAGGAGCGCAGCCACCAGUCCGAGCUGGAUCCUCCGAGGCGAACGCACACGCACCGACUGAGCCCGGGACCCGCACCGGAGAGGAGAGGACAGCUGCCCCCCCAUCCCCGCUGCGCACCACACCAUGAACGCGCCCUGGACGUUUGGACACGUUGGACACGUUGGACCGCAGCGCGCGCAGGGAACCGGGAUUUAGUGCCCGAACUUGGCUUUUUCCCCCAGCGGCGGUGCCCGAGCGCAGGACCCGAGCUGUCAGUCGCGACGCGGAUUCAGGACUUUAUCUUCUGCUCCUCGACGCACGAGCAGCUGCGGAUUAAAGAGAAGUUUAUUUGAGGGGGUGUUAUACGAAGUUUACCGGAGAAUAAAAACUGAGUUUCUUCUUCUGGAUGCUCGGUGGCACCUGGAAGACUCAGGUUCACUGUCCAAACGGAAUAACUCGGGUCAGUGGCGGGGGAACCUUGGAUCGGCUGGACAGCAUGCGGGCGGAGGAUGUUGUCUGAGUCGGGCCUCGCUGCUCUGCGUCUCCCCUCCUCGUCCUCCAGAGGGAUGACGGCUCUGUGGUGCUCGCUCUGGAUUUCCUUCCUGCUGCCUCUCUGCGUCGCUCCGGCCCGGCUGCCCACGGCUCAGCCCACAGAUUCUCUGUCGUCUGGUGAUGAUGAAGACUAUGAUGAAGAUCCAGAAGAUGCAGAAGGUCCUUAUUGGACCCGUCCCGACCGGAUGGACAAGAAGCUUCUGGCCGUUCCUGCCGCCAACACGGUCAAGUUCCGCUGUGCUGCUUCCGGAAACCCGACGCCGACCAUCCACUGGCUGAAGAACGGCAAAGAGUUCAAGGGCGAGCAGAGGAUGGGCGGCAUCAAGCUGAGACACCAGCAGUGGAGUCUGGUGAUGGAGAGCGCGGUGCCAUCAGACCGGGGGAACUACACCUGCGUGGUUCAGAACAAGUACGGCACCAUCACCCACACCUACCAGCUGGAUGUUCUAGAGCGCUCCCCUCACAGGCCCAUCCUCCAGGCGGGCCUCCCGGCCAAUCAGACGGUGGUGUUGGGCAGCGACGUGGAGUUCCACUGCAAAGUGUACAGCGACGCCCAGCCGCACAUCCAGUGGCUGAAACACAUCGAGGUCAACGGGAGUCGCUACGGCCAUGACGGCGUCCCCUACGUCAACAUCUUGAAGACGGCCGGUAUUAACACCACAGACAAGGAGCUCGAGGUUCUCUUCUUGACCAAUGUGUCUUUUGAGGAUGCGGGCGAGUACACUUGUCUGGCGGGGAACUCUAUCGGCUAUGCUUACCACUCUGCUUGGCUGACGGUGCUUCCAGUGAGCUCAGAGAAGGAGGACUACUACGUGGACAUCCUCAUCUACGUGACGGGCUGCGUGCUCUUCAUCCUCGCCUUGGUCAUCGUCGUCCUCUGCCGCAUGAGGAUGACCACGCAGAAGACGCUGCCCUCGCCGCCGGUGCAGAAGCUGUCCAAGUUCCCCCUCAAGAGACAGCAGGUGUCCUUGGAUUCGAACUCCUCCAUGAACUCCAACACGCCCCUGGUCCGGAUCGCCCGCCUGUCGUCCAGCGACGGGCCGAUGCUCGCCAACGUGUCGGAGCUGGAGCUGCCGUCCGACCCCAAGUGGGAGUUUUCACGAUCCCGACUCACUUUGGGUAAACCUCUGGGCGAAGGCUGCUUCGGUCAGGUGGUGAUGGCCGAGGCCAUCGGCAUCGACAAGGAGAAACCCAACAAGCCGCUCACUGUCGCUGCCAAGAUGCUGAAAGAUGACGCCACGGAUAAGGAUUUGUCGGACCUGGUGUCGGAGAUGGAGAUGAUGAAGAUGAUUGGAAAACACAAAAACAUAAUCAACCUGCUGGGAGCGUGCACGCAGGACGGUCCGCUCUACGUGUUGGUGGAGUACGCCUCCAAAUGCAACCUGAGGGAGUACCUGCGGGCGCGGCGCCCCCCCGGCAUGGACUACUCCUUCGACACCUGCAAGAUCCCAGACGAGCAGCUCACAUUCAAAGACCUGGUGUCCUGCGCCUACCAGGUGGCCCGAGGCAUGGAGUACCUGGCCUCGCAGAAGUGCAUCCACAGAGACCUGGCAGCCAGGAACGUCCUGGUGACGGAGGACAACGUGAUGAAGAUCGCAGACUUCGGCCUCGCCAGAGACGUGCACAACAUAGACUACUACAAGAAGACAACCAACGGUCGUCUGCCCGUGAAGUGGAUGGCUCCGGAGGCUCUGUUCGACCGGGUCUACACGCACCAGAGCGACGUGUGGUCCUAUGGUGUGCUGCUGUGGGAGAUCUUCACACUGGGAGGUUCUCCAUACCCAGGGAUCCCAGUAGAAGAACUCUUCAAGCUGCUGAAGGAGGGGCAUCGGAUGGACAAACCUGCAAACUGCACACAUGAGCUGUACAUGAUCAUGAGGGAGUGCUGGCAUGCGGUGCCGUCGCAGAGACCGACCUUCAGGCAGCUGGUAGAAGAUCACGACCGGGUUCUAUCAAUGACCUCCACCGACGAGUACCUGGACCUGUCGGUGCCCUUCGAGCAGUACUCGCCCACCUGCCAGGACUCCAACAGCACCUGCUCCUCAGGGGACGACUCGGUGUUCGCCCACGACCCGCUGCCCGACGAGCCCUGUCUCCCCAAACAGCUUCCCAGUAACGGCGUGAUCAGGACUUAAGAGCCGAGCUGGGAGCGGGGGGGGUGGACGUCGACCUCCGCUCCCAGUUUGUGACUAAUAAUCACCUCUCACUGACCCCAGCUCCUCAAGAUAUGGAAAUGAAAAACUCGGCAUGCAAUACUUCCACAGUGCUUCAGCUCUUCCUCCUCCUUCUCCUCCUCCUCCUCCUCCUCGAGAGACUCUUUAAACAUUGAAGGAUUAUGUUUUGCCGUUGAACCUUGUUUGUGUUCCUCUUUUCACAAAUGAAAUUAUAUUUUUGUACUCAGGCCAGUCUUUUUUACGGACAAUCUGUGGGGUGAAACCAUUCCGUGCCUACUGGGACAAAACACGAUCAAAGGAUGUAAGAGGAGGGAAUGAAGGGAAGACUGCGAUUCGGUGGGCGAGGACCUCAAGAUUUAGUUUUCCUCUCGUCUGCUCGGAGCUCGCCAUGACAUUUUUUGCGACCUGCAAGAAAAUCUGAAACCAGCAAAUGGUGGGACUCGUUCUCCUGAAGAUCCUCAACCAGUUGUGUGAGGGUUCACAGCAGGUGGUCAGCAGCAGAAGGAUCAGCUGAGCGGAAACAGGCGACUGCUCACGUCACAUUUUAGCAUUCGGAGAAAAAAAGAAAAAAACGAGUUUUGUGAUAAUCACGGAACAAAUCCCUCAUCGAAUGUGAGGCGACCUUUCAGGGCCAUUCAGUAAUAAGUUCAGAGGGUUUUUUAAUGUAUCUAGAAAAAUGAUUUAUUGUAAAUAUAUAAAUGCAAAUAUGUAUCAUAUUGCUGUUCACAGCCGUGUACUUAAAAGACAAAAAAAUAACAUGUUUUUAAAGAUAUUGUUUUAGGAUGGAAGCAUUGCAAUCUAGAAGACACUGUCAUGACCGUGUAAAACAUUUAAUCAUUUAAAGUGAUACAGAAAAAGGUUUAUUUGAAUAAUUAACGUGUAUAUUUGUAAAGAUAUUUAUAGACUUAACAUGUGGUUCUUAAGUACGAAAGGUCUAGCUUAGGGAUUUUAGUACUUUAGUACUGUACGCAAAGAUUUUUAUUUCUUUUUCUUCUUUGUAACUUAUUUUACAACAAAACUGCGACGUUAUUUUCACAACUGGCACACUCCUCUAGUUUUUGAUCCAUCUUUUAUUUUUAGUUGUUUUCUUUUCGUUUUGUUUACAGUUUUUAAAGAUAAGAAUGUACAACAGACGAUGAUUUUUGAGGGUGGGUUUGAUUCGCUCGUCAGGAGGACGGUGACCUCGAGGCUCCUGCUGAGAAGAGAUGGAUGUUUCCACCGAACUCCAACUCUGUUUUAAUUUGUUUUAAAGUUGACCUUUGUGAUAUCAAAGCAGCGAUUGACUCUUGCUGAGCAAGAAACAGCAGCGCUUCGUGAUUUCUACCACAGACGCCUUUAGUACAACUGAAGUACUUAAAGACACAUUGAGCAACGACCGAGAACAACUGUGGACCAGAAGAAGCCUCCAGAGAAACUGAGUUUUCAGAGUUAAUCAUUAGAUGGACUUGAUGUCUAAUCACUUCUUAGUGGGAAACAUGGACAGAUUCCAAAUGUUAUUAGCAUGUUUGCUAGUGUACCUUUUGAUAAAACACCAAAUCCCAGAAUGCAACACUUCUCCCUCCUCGAAAUCAAAACAAAGACUUGCUGCAACACUUCAUGACACAUUAGAUAAUAUGCUAAACUUCUUUUCCCAGAAUGCUUUUCAUGAGCUACCAGGGAACGUUCUUGGAUCCAGAAAACUGUGAUGAAAACUUUUAGAAAAACGUUUGCAACAAUAGAUUUUUAGAGGAAAUACAUGUUUUUAGCAGCAAUGCAUUCUGGGGGUUUUGAGUCCAUUUAGAAUAAGGAAACAAGAUUUAAACGAAAAUCUGACAUUUUAGACAUUUCUAAGGAAUUCUCCAGAUGACAAACAGGAUAAAUGUUUGGAUAUGUUUUCCUCUGGAGGUUUUUCUGGAGGCUUCACGCUCGUUUGCAGUCACAGUAAAGUUCACACGGUCGGUUCUCGUUCACACUCACGGUUAAAAAACAUCAGCUUCACGCCAGAAGCUGUUAUUGUCCUUAUGUGCUUGAGUGUUACUAAAAACUAAAAACCUGCCCAGACGCUUGAGAUGUUAUCGCUGCUCUUUAGUGUUAAUACUGAGAUGAAGGCCCGCUGUGUGAUCCGUCAGUUGCACAGCAAAAAGAAAAUAUAUAGACAUAUAUAUAUAAAGAUAUAUAUAUAUAUAUAUAUCAGCUUGUUUGAGGAGAAAAGUGCCAAAUUAGUCUUAAAAGUCUGUUAAAUCGUUUAUUCUCCGGAUCUCUGAACCAAAUUACUGCACCGUCGAAUGUAGGCGGGCGGAGGUCACAUGGUGCAGGGAAGGAUCAUGGGAUGGCCAAAUGGAUACCCCCCCCCCCCCCCCCCACCACCACCACCACCCCUUUUUGUUUCUAUAUGCAGUCGUCUCUCCAGCUGACCCCAAGAAAAGCACGAGGGUUGAAAUGUUUACAGAGUUUAGCAAAGUAAACGGGAAAGCGACAAAUCGAAGGGUUGAAUGGAAACAGUGCAAACGCUUCACUGUGCAACGGCCUUACAGUGUGAAUACUUAAUAAACCCCCCAACCAGUAUUUGAAGUACUUAUAUGAAUUCUAAAUACAAUUUGUAUCUUUUCCUCUAAUCCACAAUGGGAUCUUUUGGUUUUCAGCACCAGAUUGUGUACUUGUCAUGUACUCACACUCUGAACAAGGCCCCUGUGAAGUGAACGGUUGCACAAACUUCAUGUUUUGUCUGUUUUCACUAGUUUUGGCCCCGAAUCUAUGAAGUGCCUGAAAUAAUUGAGCAAACAAAAAGUUGAUCGAAUCACUUUCAUCAUGUUUUGAAUGUAUAAUUGCAAAAAAAAGAGAAAAAAAGAACCCAUAGUUUGUUUUGAAGUAGUGCUCACUAAAAGGCAGGUUGUGUUAAUUAUGUCCCUGGUUUUGUUUCAUUCUUUGUUUUGUUUUUUUGUCGAGUGAACAACGGCACUUGUGUAAAGGUUGGAUGGAUCUAAUGAAACGUGUUCUGUUUUAUUUAUUCUUCCAUGCUGGGUAAAAGCUUUCCCUAUGGUGAGAGUAUUUUUAUUCAUAGCUCUCUGCUUUUCAGUGUUGUUUUUCAUUAAAGAGCCAGACGAUGAUGAUGA